AUGUAUCUAUCUAUCUAUCUAUCUAUCUAUCUAUCUAUCUAUCUAUCUCAGUCUUCACAUCUAUUUAUUUAUCUAUCUAUCUAUGCAUUUCAAAUUAACAAAUUAUUUUUAUUCCUAUUUUUUCUUUUACCUUUCUUUUCGUUUUUUUUUUCUUUUAGUAUUUUUAUUAAUUUUUCCUUCUUUUUUUCUUCUUGCUUCGAUUCCAAAUUAAUUUUUCUUUUUCUUUUUUCUUUCUUUUCAUUUUUCUUUCUUUUUUCUUUUUUCGUUUUCUUCCUCACCUCCCUUCUCUCAAUUCUUUUCUUUUUAUUUCUAUUUGUUUGUUUGUUUGUUUGUUUGCUUGUUUCUUUCUUUCUUUCUUUCUUUCUUUCUUUCUUUCUUUCUUUUAUGCGUCCAUUGGCAUAUCCCACUUUUUUCCUUUACUUUUUUCCUUCCUUCCUCCCUUCGUUUAAUUCUUUUCUUUCUUUCUUUCUUUCUUUCUUUCUUUCUUUCUUUCUUUCUUUCUUUCUUUCUUUCUUUCUUUUAUGCGUCCAUUGGCAUAUCCCACUUUUUUCUUUUUACUUUUUUCCUUCCUUCCUCCCUUCGUUUAAUUCUUUUCUUUUACUUUCUUUCUUUCUUUCUUUUCUUUUUCUUUCUUUCUUUCUUUUAUGCGUCCAUUGGCAUAUCCCACUUUUCCUUUUUUUUCCUUUUCCUCCUUCGUUUAAUUCUUUUCUUUCUUUCUUUCUUUUCUUUUUUCCUUUCUUUCUUUCUUUCUUUCUUUCUUUUAUGCGUUUAAUUCCACUUUUUCCUUUUACUUUUUUCCUUCUUUCCCUUCGUUUAAUUCUUUUUCUUUCUUUCUUUCUUUCUUUCUUUCUUUCUUUCUUUCUUUUUAUGCGUCCAUUGGCAUAUCCACUUUUUCCUUUUUUUCCUUAUCCCACUUUCUUUUCUUUCUUUUUUCUUUCUUUUUUCUUUUCUUUCUUUCUUUCUUUCUUUCUUUCUUUUAUGUUUAAUAUCCCUUUUUUCCUUUUUUUUUUCCUUCCUUUCGUUUAA